AGUUGCAGACGUAAAUAUUGACAUAUAUAUAUGCUGCACGUUUUCAAAAUAUGGAUAUGGCGCAAAUUUAAUUGUAGAAUGAAAAUAAUUUUUAAAAAAAUAGUUUAUUGCUCAUAGUUAAGAUAUUUUCUUUUCAUUUGUUUUUUAUUACUGCAAGGCUAUGUCACCUAAAAAACCGAAACAAAAGAAUGUUGCUAAUAAGUUCGAGUUGACACGAAGACCUUUGUACCCUGAUUUAAAUGCAGAAAAAGAAAAUAUGGAUGUUUCCUCUUCUGAUGAUUCUCCUGAAAAGAAAUUUCUCGAUAGCCCCUCACCUAGAAAUCAAAGGAAAAAUCUUUCACCUUCAAGUACAGAUUCUUUCAAGGAUGUAGCUAACAAUUUAAAAUAUAGAAGUGGGAGACAUCAGCAAAAUUUAAAUCAGUAUCGAGAUAGGGGUAAUGAAAAUAGAUCUCCAAAGAAUAGAUAUAGUGAGAAUUCUGAUGAUUUUGAUAACAGUAAUUAUCUGCCUGAUCAAGAGCAAGAAAUUUCUGAAAACUCCCCAGGUAGCAAGAAAAAGAAUUAUUCGUCAGAUAGAUUUGAGGACUCUGCAGAUGAUAGAAGAUAUGAUCAGCCUCUGAAACAAUCCCCCCCAAAAAGAUAUGCUUCAGUUAGCACAUCAGAGCCUAGCAACUUCUUUUCAUCAGUAACAUUUCUGAUCAUUUGUUUUAUUAUCUUUAUUAUUAUAAUUGCCUUAUUCAUAACCUUUUAUGUAAGAUAUCCUGAUACUUCCCAUGUAAAUGACCCUGCAACCACCCUGGUGAACAGUCUAAGAUCCAAGUUUGGAGAUCAGCCAAAAAUGACUUUUCGCAUUAUUCACAGUGCCUUAAAGAAUGUUCUAGUGGCACAACCUAAAUCUCCAGCAAUCAUUCUGCUUCUUGCAACAAAUGGCUCCAAAACUGUUUGCAGUGAUUUUGCAAAUAAAUUGGUUGAUUUAUUAUCUGUACCAAAGUUCACUCUCAAAUUUUCAGGCGAGGACUUUAAACUGGCAAGUGUUAAUAAAGCCAAAAUGGAUAUUGAUAAAAAGAUUGACAAGACUUUGAAAAUCAAUCAGUUAGGUUCAGUUUUAAUUGAAGAUUUAGACCACAUUCCUGGGCAAGCUGCCAUCAUUCUGCAUAAAUAUUAUGAUCACGAAAAUGCUCCUUUUAAAAAAGCAGUUUUUGUUAUGACUAUCAAUUUGAAUAAAGCCAUCACUGAUUAUUCCGAUCUAACAGUAUGGGAUAAAGCUGCUAAUGAUCAUUUGCUUAGUGUAUGGAUAGAUACUGGUGUUGAUCAAGUAACUGCAUUGCUGUCACGCUUGACUGUGAGUGUGGCAGUAAUUACUGUUGAAUCUUUAAAAUGAUUGCUUCAGUUUAUAGCUAUUAUUUUUAUUUCGUGUCAAAGUAUUGUUUCUAAUAUCAGUUGUAAAUUAUAAAUUUGUGAUUGAAAUAUGUUUCUUUAAUUCAGUAUUGCUUUGGUUAGGAUUGGUGGUAUGCUAUAUUAUAUGCAAAUUAUUUAUUCAUAGUGAAAUACAAGUGAAAAGAAAAGUAAAUAAAUUUGCUGGGGUUCUUAUUUGCAAAAAUAAAUUUGCUGGGGUUCAAUUUGAUAUUUAGUUAUGCAAUAUGUUUAAGCUUUUUGAAUUGAUAAUCUUGCUUUUGCAAUAUCACUUUUUUUUUUUUUUUGCAUUUAAUUAAAUUUUACAGUACAUUUUAUUACAUUAUGCUGAAAUUAUUUAAUCAUAAUGAAAUAAAACAUAAAAAAUUAUAAGUGAUUUACUUAAUAUUUCAUUCAACAUGUUUAAAUAUUUUGAAAUAAUGUCUUAUUCUAUUUAGUCAAUUUCAUAAUGCAACUUUAAAAUCUGUGAAAAUUUAAAAUUAUUUUAGUUAUUUUUAUAACUUUAUAAUAUGAAGCAUAAAAAUGUUCAUUGAAUUACUACAACCAA